CACCUUAGUUCACAGAUUCACUUUGUCUAGGGUUUAUUUCUGGGAUUUCACACAACCCAGGAUUAAAAUCAUGAAUGGGCUUGGAUUUACAACAUUAUGAAUGAAAUGUGCUCUAUUUGGAAGUAGCCGGCCCCCCUCCCCUGUCGACAGGUUGUGAGUGAGACUUAAGUCUGUAUCAUAAUGUCUGGUGUUUUCGUGUUUGUUGGUUUGUUUUUAUUUUGUUUUAUUUUGCGAGUUGGUUAUUAGAUGCCGCUCCAGCCAGCCAGACAAUCCCCCGUCGCCCCGCCCCUCUCCUCCCUGUGCCGCAAGCAGCAGGCGCACCUCGCAAACGGAGGGGGCCCUUACUCCCAGCAAAUGGGCGAUAGAAAACCGGUCGGUGCCUAUGACAUCCCCAAAAACUGGAUGUUUCCAUGGCUUUGAGCAUGUUUUCAUUUCUUCUAACUUCCAUCAGCUGUCAUUCUUCCACCUGCGUGUGGAUGACAAGCCGGCUCUGCUGCUCCACCUCCUGAGGAACGUAGUGAAGCCUCAGGAACAGACAGUGGUCUUUGCUGCCACCAAACACCAUGUGGAGUACCUAAAGGAGCUGCUGUCGUCAGAAGGUUUAGAGUGUGCCUACAUCUACAGUGCCCUUGAUCAGACUGCCAGGAAGAUCAACAUUGGGAAAUUUGUGCACCGGAAAGCCAUGGUGCUUCUGGUGACUGAUGUUGCUGCUCGUGGUAUAGAUCCCCUGCUGGAUAAUGUCAUCAAUUACAACUUCCCCUCCGAGGCCAAACUCUUCUUGCACAGAGUUGGGCGUGUGGGACGAGCGGGCCGAAGUGGCACAGCCUAUAGUCUGAUUUGUCCUGAUGAAAUGCCUUAUGUCUAUGACCUCCACCUCUUCCUAGGGCGACCAGUUCAGUUUGCUUCACCUGAACACACACAAGAUUCAGAAGGUGUGUUUGGUCGAGUCCCUCAGAGGAUCUUGGAUGAUGAAAGUGCUCAUCUGAUCACGUCUCACGAAAACUCGCUGGACCUGCAAAAUCUGCUCCGUGUCUCAGAGAACGCCUACAAGCAGUACCUCAAGUCGCGGUCAAACCCCUCGCCGGAGUCCAUCAGACGGGUUAAAAGUAGUAAAACACCAGCCAGUGAGGUGAUGCGUGCCAAACGCUCUAAAGACACUCGGCUAGUGGACAAAUUCAGCAAGCAGAGAGAGGACCGAGCUGCAGAAAGCAGGCUGCAGCAGCCAAUCAACCCCACCACUACUGCUGACUGUGACAUCACAGAAAAGAGGAGAGUGAUCUAAAUGGGGUGUUUUCAGAGGUGGUAGGUGGUAAAAGAAGAGGUCAGCAGGAAGAUGGUGAAGAACGACCAAAGACCAAGAAAAAAGGCAGUCAGGCAAAGAUGAAGAGUAUUAUAUCCCUUACAGACCUAAAGACUUUGACUCUGAGAGAGGGUGAGGCAUUAA